AUGAAGGGAUCAGCUCUCCGAAUCGCUCAAGGAGCCAUCAAUGGCAUCCAGAAGCGAGCUUACUCACAAGCCCCUGCUGCCCCCCGACAUCUCAUGACCAUUGCCGACCUCACCCCCACUGAGUUUGCCAACCUGGUCCGCAACGCUGCCUCCCACAAGACCGCUAUCAAAGGUGGUGCGCCGCACAGCUCCCUCAACAAUGGACUUCUGGGUCAAACCGUUGCCAUGAUGUUCAACAAGCGAAGCACCCGUACUCGAGUUUCCACUGAAGCCGCUGUCACAAUGUUGGGCGGGCAUCCCAUGUUCUUGGGCAAGGACGACAUCCAGCUUGGUGUCAAUGAGUCGCUCUAUGACACCUCGGUCGUCAUUUCGUCCAUGACUUCAUGCAUGGUUGCCCGAGUUGGUCCUCACUCUGAUGUUGCCAACCUCGCCAAGCAUUCCACCGUUCCAGUCAUCAACGCUCUGUCCGAUGACUUCCAUCCUCUCCAGACCAUUGCUGACUUCCUGACCCUUCACGAGACCUUCCCGUCGUCGAGCGCCAUCGGCUCCGGCCUCGGUCUCAAUGGCCUCAAGGUUGCUUGGGUGGGUGAUGCCAACAACGUCCUCUUUGAUCUGGCUAUCGGCUGCAUCAAGAUGGGUGUUGAUAUCGCCGUUGCCGCUCCCAGGGGCUAUGAGAUCCCCGCUGCCAUGAAGCAGCUCAUCCUCUCGACCGCCGCGGGCGUCGAGUCCCCUGGCAAGCUGACCGAGACAACCGUCCCUGAGGAGGCCGUCAAGGAUGCCAACGUUCUGGUCACCGACACCUGGGUUUCCAUGGGCCAGGAGGCCGAGGCGCAAAAGCGACUCAAGGACUUUGCCGGGUUCCAGAUCACCAACGACCUUGCCAAGCGGGGAGGGGCCAAGGAGGACUGGAAGUUCAUGCACUGUCUGCCCCGACACCCCGAGGAGGUUGCCGAUGAAGUCUUCUACAGCCCUCGAUCAUUGGUCUUCCCCGAGGCCGAGAACCGACUAUGGGCAGCUCUUUGUAAGUUUCUCCAUUUUCUGCCAUAUAAAUCGGUUUAUUGA